GCUCGGGCCGGGCGCAGGCGCAGCAGCCUGUUCCCCUUCGGGAAGCGGGUUCCGACCCGCAACGCUCCGUCAAUGAGCUGCGAGGUGCGUAGCCUGCACCCGGGCCGGCGGGUGUUUACACGGCACCGGGACGGGGUUGUUGCGCUGUACUUUGCCAGGAGCGCUGAAUUGGCAGGUGUUCGCUCUGAGAUUAUUUCUGUACCGCAACAAUUAACCUCUCUACAGCUGUGGGAAGAAAUUGUUAAAAGGCAUCCAAGACUUGCUGCCCUUCAGGAUCAAGUGGUUUUCGCUGUUCGCCAGGAAUACGUGCUUCUUGGUGAUCAGCUUCUGGUCCUGCAGUCAGGUGACGAGGUUGCCAUUAUCCCACCUAUCAGCGGGGGCUAACUCCAGGCAAACACACUUAGGGUCUAGUGAUUUGUGGAUGACUUUCCCCGUCUGCUAGUACUCUCUGAGAAGGUGUAACAUGCAUCCCCUGCAAUAGACAGCCAUGAUGC